GGGACGAGAGUGUAACAGAACAUGCUCUGUCAGGCCUCUUCGACAGCUGUGAAUCAUUUCCUGGCACAGUCGAAGCUCAGCGCUAUAAGACAGGCUCGGGGAAGGGCACCCUGUCGCAGUCCUCACAGGAACAGCCAAGAGAGCAUCGUACAGACGAGAGACGUUUCAGUGCCGAAGUCCGCCCUCCAACCUGCUUCAGGAUGUCUCAGUGUCGCGACCUAGUGCCUGCGGAUCAGCAGCUGAUGAACGACAUGGAUAUGUUCCGGGACAUGGUCCCGGCCGCAGAGAAGACGGCUCUGCUCUUCCACCUGUCCUACCUGUGUCUGGCCACCCACUCUCGCUCGCAGUGCGCCAGUACAGGGACCAACAUCGUCGGCACCAUGAUGCCGAUGAUCCGGACGGCGGUGAAGAAGAGGAACGUGGCGCUGGCCAAGAAGUUCCUGGAUAAGUCGAAGGGCUGGAUCGAGGACAUCUGCCACCAGGUGGACCGCUCGGUGGAAAAGUANGAGAAUCUGAGCAAAGGCGUGGGCGACACCUGCAGCGACGUGGUCAAGACCAAGGCGGACAAGGAGCAGCAGAAGAAGGAGAAGACGGCGGAGGCCCAGGCCCUGGAGGGACAGUGCAACAAGCUGGACGCCUCGGUCAAACAGCUGCAGGGGGAGAGGAACCAGCUGGAGACGGACAUCCAGGACAAGAACAAGGAGCUGCAGGGCCUCAUCAGCAGCAUCGGGGAUCGGGACCGCAAGUUCGGCAUCGUGGCGGCCGUGGUGCCCAUCCUGGGCAACAUGAUCAACGCCAUCCAGAAGGCCACCAACAACCCCAAGGACAAGGCGGCCGUGGAGACCCUCAAGGUCCAGCUGGAGGAGCUGCGCAGCCGCAAGGACGCCAAGGUGUCGGAGAUGUGGCAGAAGGAGAAGGAGCUGAUCCGGCUGCAGCUGGACUACGCCAAGGUCCAGAUCGACAUGGGAUCCAUUGGCGACCCCAAGAUGCUGGCGGAGGUCCAGAAGUGCCUGACCAAGAUCCAGGAGAUCCUGCUGCAGAUGAAGAAGUUCUGGGAGAUGACCGGCGUGGCGCUGGACAACCUCAAGCAGAGGACCUUCGCCGGAGAGGACAUGCUGGACUUCCUGGAGGACUGCGAGAUGGACUUCCUGUCCAGCCUGGAUAAGGCCGAGCCGAUCUGGAGGAGCUUCUGCAACGUCUGCAUGCACGUCCGCGGGAUGUUCAUCCUGCAGUCCAAGGAGGCCUACAGGUUCCUGGAGGUCAGCCCCUCGGCCCUGAGCAAGGAGCAGUGGCAGCAGGAGUACGACGGCGUGGUGGCGCAGCUCGACAAGCUGAACCCCCCCGCCCCCCAGGAGGCCGGGAAGGCGGUCGAGGGGCCGAAGUAGGGGGAGGGGGCUGCUGGGAUACCGACCGCUCUGAAGGGGCUCCGGCGAUGCUGUUCACACGCAAUAAAAGGUCGAUCGGCA